UUAUGCUGUAAACAAGAACAGGCUGUCAUUUCACAUUACAUUUUAUUACAGAACAGUCGAAAUGUUUUGGUACCUGUUCAUAAUUUUAUUGGAAAUAACAGUUGGAAUUAAUAAAGCUAAUGGAUAUGUCCGCCCUGUAUCAUUAGAUGACGGCUCUGGAUCGGCCACACACUGUAUACACGGGUCAUUUGACGAUGAUGAUGGUUGUGUCUGCCACAAGGGAUAUACAUCGUCUACCUGUGACCAAAUAAAAGCGGGUUAUUGCUUUAAUGGAGGAACCUACUCGAGGAGCACAAAACAGUGUGUAUGCGCAGAAGCUUUUACCGGAAACAAUUGUGAAAAUGACUGCAAAACAGAUCCUUGUCAGCAUGGGACAUGUCACAAAACUCAUAAUGUCUACAAAUGUAGAUGUUUUACAGGAUACAGUGGACCUCGCUGUGCAAAUGCUUCAAAUCACUGUUUACAAAAUAAAUGUGAACAUGGGACAUGUGUGAACUCAGUCAGUGGAUACUCGUGCAAGUGUCAAACUGGGUACACAGGACAUCACUGUGAAACGGAAUCCUCAGACACACCUAAAAUGACCUCUUUUGCACUAAGAGGCAAGAAGAUUUCAUAA